UAGAAGCACAUGUUUUUAUUUGAGGUUAUGUCACACGUCAUCGAAUGUUUACAAAACAAACCCCUGUUCAGAAAUAUUUAAAAUUUAAACAUUUUUGAUUUUAAGUUAAUAAACCAUGUCACGGCCAGAGCAUUUGGCUCCCCCCGAGAUCUUUUAUAACGAAGAUGAGGCCAAAAAGUACACUCAAAACACAAGAAUCAUGGAAAUUCAGGAGCAAAUGACCGAAAGGGCUAUGGAACUUUUGCUUCUACCUGAGGGCCAGCCUUGCUUCGUUCUCGAUAUUGGUUGCGGCUCAGGACUUAGCGGAAGUGUUUUAGAAGAAAAUGGACACUUUUGGAUUGGAAUGGAUAUAUCAACAGCCAUGUUGGAUGUGGCUGUCGAUAGAGAGGUGGAAGGAGAUUUGAUUUUAUCUGAUAUGGGACAGGGCUGCCCAUUUAGAGCAGGUGCAUUUGAUGGGGCCAUAUCAAUAUCCGCAUUGCAAUGGCUAUGUAAUGCGGACAAAACUCACCAUAGACCUGUGCAAAGACUUUAUAAGUUUUUUAGUUCUUUAUAUGCUUGUUUGAGUAGAUCGGCCAGAGCUGUCUUGCAAUUUUAUCCAGAAAAUGGCGAGCAAAUGGAACUAGUAACCGCACAAGCUAUGAAAGCUGGAUUUUACGGGGGCGUAGUGGUCGAUUAUCCGAAUUCUACUAAAGCGAAGAAGUUUUUCUUAGUGUUAAUGACAGGCGGGAAUGUUCCUUUGCCCCAAGGGUUGGGUACAGAAGGCUCAAGUCAAGGUGUUGAUUAUGCCAAAAGGGAACGAGUAAAGAACCAAAGAGGAAAACCCUUAAAAAGCGUCAAAAAUUGGAUUCAAGACAAAAAGGAACGUAGACGUAGACAAGGAAAGAACGUCAGACCGGAUUCUAAAUUCACUGGGAGGAAAAGAAGCGGAAGAUUUUAAUGUUUCAUAUAUUAUUAAGUCAAUUACUAUUAAUUUUAUUAAAUAAAACAUUUAGUUUAA